CAGUGGUUUAGUUUACAAAGAUGGGGGAUGAUUUAGGAGACGAGUGGUGGACUCAAGGAGAUAAUUCAGAUGUAGAGGAAGAGGCUCAACCCACAGAAGAACAGUCCGACGUGCAGACGACCAAAAAGAGGAAGAUUAAAACCAAACAGCCAGAUAAAGUCAAGAAAAAGAAAACGUUACAGGAAGAAUGUAUCACCACAGAAGAUCAAACAGAAAAGCAGAAUAGUAAAGACUCAGUAACAUCUAAGACGAGAAAGAAAAGGAAGAAGAGGAAGAAGAUCACUGAUGUUCUUGCGAGUACAGAAGCUCAGCCAGGUUCUCCAGAUGACCUGAGAAAGCUUCUGAACAACCACCACAGCACCACCCGCUCUGUCAUCGAACAGGACGAACUCACACUGCAUGACUCAUGUUUCCUGACCUGUAAUGACCUCACUCACAGUCUGUCCUCAUACCUAAAGGAAGUUUGUCCUAAGUGGGCCAAGGUACAGAAGCAGCACACAGAGACACGCUCACUCCUGCUGCUCAUCAUCUGUGGCUCUGCCCUCAGAACUAUUGAGCUCAUCAAGCAGCUGACCACCUUUAAAGGAGAUGCCAAAGUGCUGAAGUUAUUUGCGAAACACAUAAAGGUGGAGGAGCAGAUGAAGUUACUGAGUAAAGGUGUGGCCCAUAUUGGCGUUGGAACACCAGGGAGAAUCACAGCACUACUGGAGAAAGAGGGUAUGACCCUGCAGGGUCUGCGCCUUUUGGUGUUGGACUGGAACUACAGAGACCAGAAACACCGGAGGAUGAUUGAUAUACCAGAGGUGAAAGCAGAUUUGCUGAGGCUGCUGGAUUCUGGCAUUAUCAAGAGCUGUAGAGAAGGAGCGUUUAAACUGGGUUUAUUUUGAUCAACCUACACACAUGCACACACCCCUGUACGUUGUAAGACUGUGUUAUGUAU